AGUGAUGGAUAUCAAUGAUGUACAACCAUACUUUACAAAAAGCACGUUUAAAUUCUUAACUUAUGAAAAUGAAGAACCCAAUUUUCCCGUUGGGUUUAUCAAUGCUACAGAUCCUGAUUUAGGUCUGGGAGGACAACUAUCAUAUUCUUUGUUUGAUGAGCAUGGUUAUGUUCUUCCAUUUAAGAUUUCCAAUUUUGGAUUUAUUACAACAGCUCAAUCUUUGGAUCAUGAAAAACAAGACAUGUACGAAUUUAAGGCUAUCGUAAAAGAUAAUGGCGAACCGCGGCUAAGUAAUACAGCCAAUGUUAUUGUUGAAGUUAUGGAUAAAAAUGACAAUGCACCAUACUUUACAUUUCCAAGUAUUAAAUUAUUUAAUAUAGAUGUCCACUACCAUCCACAGAGUAAGAGUGACAUCACAACAUUAAGAGCCUCUGAUAGAGACAGCCAUGUAAAUUCCUUCCUCAGAUAUGAAAUACUUGGAGGCAAUGACAAACAAUUAUUUACAGUUAACCCUUACACAGGAGUUUUGUCUUUCUCUCGUACAGUUUACCAAAAUGAUGCUGGAUCGUAUAAUCUAAAAUUAGCAGUCAAAGACAAUGGUACACCAGUUUUAUCAACAACAACCACACUGUCUUUGACACUAACUGUUAGCAAUACAACAGCCAGAAUGUACACAGCUGAAGACACAGAAUCAGACAACAGAAUACAUAUCAACUUGAUGAUUAUUAUAGUAGUAGCAGCAGUGAUAGUUUCUGUUGCUAUUGUGGUCUCAGUGAUUGUAUGUAUUGUUCACAAAAGAAAUCAGAGGCAUACACAUUUUAAUUUAAAUAAAAAAUGCAUAAAACAAGGAAGACGUUCGAGAUAUUUUUGUGAACAAGACUCUCCAAAAUAUGAUAUUCCAAUUACAGUGGUAACUGAUUCUGUGAAUAGUGCACAUUCACGAUCAGCAUCACUGAGAAGAGACACUCAUUCUGGGGAUAACUCAUCUACAAAUUGGAACACUUCAACUACUGAAAUUCCACAUCCCAGCUAUUUACAAGAAAUACACCAGACCUCAGAAUUAUUGAAGAAGUCACAGUUCCAGAAUACAGGAUUAGUAUACCCUGGACAACAUUAUCUAAUGUGACCACUUUAAGACAGUUUGAGAGAGAUUUGGUUGCCAGCUGCUAUUUUCAGCUGAUCAAGUGACUAUGUGAGGCUCUCUUGACGACUUGUGUUGCUGUUAUUGUUUAGGCCCAAUUCAGCCCUGAUUGAACAGACCUAUGAUCAAAGACGUUCCAGCCAUGACCAUACCAAUGUAUUUUCAGGACUAGUUUGCUCCUGAUUACAUUAUCCCAUGAGCCACUUUAUAAAACAGUGGGUGCAAUUUAAAGGAGAUUCAGCAGCUAUUUCUAGCAAGUUCAGUGACCAUGCAGAGGAUCCCUCAUUCAUUCAUGUUUCUCCAAUUGGCUUUUCCAUUCUUUUCUUUCUUUUGUUUAGCCUCAGGUUAGACCUAUGGUCACACAUUUACAAGCUGUGACCAGUCAUUUUUUUUUUCCAGGAAAAAAUGUACACCAGAUUAUAUUAUCUUAUGCAUCAUUUACACAGAUGGUGUUGUUUGAGAGGAAUUUGGCUGCUAUUUUUUAUGAGGCACUCACCCAUGUAGGCAGUCUUUCAUUGGCUGAUAUACUUUUAUGUUCAUGUUGAGCUUGAAUGUUAGGAAGCCUCAUGAACUAUGAUGAGAGCUUUUAUAUAGUUGUUUGACUAGCUAGAAAAAACAACCAAUUCUUCCUCCAACUCAUUCACCUCCCCUACUAUCUCCCCAAAGGAACAAAUACAUGUAACUGUAAUAUUUGUAAUGGUGAUACUAAUAGUAGAAAAGGUAGGAGGAGGAUAGUGAUGGUGAUGAUGAUGAUGAGAAGGAGGCGAAUGAAGAUGAAAAGGAAGAGGAGGAAAAGGAGGCGAAGGCAGCAUAAUGGCAAUUGUACUAUCCAUGUUUGUCCAUGGAGGCGAUGAGGACCAUUUAGUCAUCCUUAAAGAUGACUAAUUAUUUGCAUGUUUACUUUGUUUAAAGUAAAGAAGAGCAGUGCACUGUCAAUGUAACUUUCAUGUCCAUGGUCAUCUUCAAUCUAGUGGCAAAACCAGGUCAAGAUGAUUGGGGAUAGAGAUGGGUGUAGUGGAUGACCAAGAUGUUUUCCUUGCUUCAUCUCAUUCACUGCACUUCACAAUGCAUUGCUGCAACCAUCUUCCCUCUGUUGAACCAUGAACAUUUCUUCCACAGAUUUUACCAGAUCCACUCUUCAUAGGCAAGCACUAAUAUGUUACUUAAUUCAUAACUGCGACCACGACUGGAGCUUCUAUUUCAGGAACAAUAGAGGCUAAAAGGUAGUUCCACUCUCCUUAAAAUCCAGGAAUUCCUGAUGCAGGACCCCACUACAAGAUGCAACAACAUGGUUGUAUGGCUAAAACGUUCACAGUCCUGAGGUUCUGGGUUCAAUUCCAUUACUUGGUAUCUUGAGCAGGUAUCAUUUGUCAUAACCACAAACUAACUCCAGCCUUGUGAGUAAAACUGCAUAGGCAGAAACUAUAGAAAGUCCAAUGGAUAACUUGUACCUGUAAUUCCAAUGGUUCAGCCAUCUCAUGUAUUGUGUUCUAGAAUUGUUUGAAGAUUAAAAUAAAGCUUCACUCAAGAAUACUCAGCCACUUGCAUGCUAAGUGAAUGGGCAACUAGUUAAUUCAGUUGAACAAAUAAAUAAAUGAUAUCCAUUAUUAAAGCUGACAGAGAUUCAUUUGUUUUACUUACUUUAACUUUUAAGCUUUUAAACCUUUAGCAUUCAGAUAAUCGUCCAACCCAUGCUAGCAUGGAAAGCGGACAUUAAACGAUGAUGGUGAUGAUGAUUAUUUUGUCAAAUAUAAUGCUUAUUUAUUCAUAUUGUUUCAAAUUAAUCCUGUAUUAUCUUGUGGCUUUGAGAUUUUGAUGAUGUGAUUUUUUUGUUUUUAGAAUGAUAUCAGACCUGGCCAGUUUGAACGUAAUACAAUUAGAAUAUUAGGGUUGGAUGGUCAGUUUAAAUGCUAAUGGGUUGAACCAGCUGUAUCUGGCUCAAAUAUUCUACUUGUUUGUUCAAACUGGCCAGAUCUGUCCUCUCACACCUACCCUACAAUGUCAUUCUGAAAAUAAACCAAUCCCGUUUUUGAAAUCUUGGAGCCACAAGAUAAUGCAUGAUAAAUUCAAGAUAAUGUGAAUAAAUGAACAUUAGAUUUGAGAAAAUAGUAUGAAUGCUAAAUGGUCAACCACAACAGCAACAACAACAGUAGUAUUAGAAAGAGAAACAACAAUGUCAGUAACAGUAAUACAGGCUGCAUCAUCAUCAUCAUCAACUUCAUCGUCACUGUCAUUGUCAUCAUCUUCGUUAUCCUACUCGUCAUCGUUAUAAUUGUCAUUGUCGUUAGCAUCAUCAUCAUCAUCAUCAUCAACAUUGUCGCCGUCAUCAUCAUCAUCAUCUUUAUCAUCAUCAUCAUCAUCAACAUCGUCGUCAUCAUCAUCAUCAUCAUCUUCGUCAUCACUAUCAUCAUCGUCGUCGUCAUCAUCGUCAUCAUUGUCAUCAUCAUCAUCAUCAUCAUCAUAAUCAUCUGUCAGUAGUGGGAGUGCAGCAGAAGCAGCAGCAGUUGUGAUGGAACAGGUGGAAGUGAUGGCAUCGGUGUCCGCAGCAGCUGUGAUGGAAUUGGAGGAAGUGGCAGUGGUAGCAGCAGCAGCAACAGCAUCAUUCUCAUUGUCAUCAUCAUUGUUAUUCUCAUUAUCAGUGUCAUCAUCACUACCACCAUCAACAGCAGCAACUGCUAUAGUGGUAGUAGUAGCAGCAGCAGUAACAACAGCAGCAGCAGUAGUAAAAUGACAAGUUCCAAUAAGUGCAAUUUUAUUUUUAGAAAUCAAUUGUCUUCCACCUUAAUGUAAUUAUUAUCAUCCUCAUCUCUGUCAUCAUUGUCGUCAUCAUCAUCGUCGCUCCCACUACCACCACUAACAUCAUCAUCAUCAUCAUCAUCAUCAUUGUAAUCAUUGUUAUUUGAAAGUUAUAACUGUCACCAGAACGAAGGCGGAAAUGAAGAUUGUAUGAUGUCAGCAUUUGGUUAAAAACUGUGAAUAGCUUUAGCAGAAAAGAAUUUAAAAAAAAAAUAAUAAUAACAAUAAACAAACUAAUGAUAGAAUCUAUAGAAAGACAAAGGUAAUUUUUGCCUCUGUAUAAAUUAUUAAAGCAAUGCAUUUGGUAGAUUCCCAGUUGUAGAUUCACAAUAGCAGGAAGUGUUUUGAGCAUUCAAUUUACCCAGACAAUACAAUGGCAUGUUAGAUGGAACUGAAAUGGUGUAAAUAAACAAUCUGCUGAAGCAAGUAUGGCACGGAUCAAGCAAGUCUUUCUGAAAGAAUGCUCUUGUAUUCUUAUUCAUCAGUUGCCAGCAUUCAGCAUUCAGGUAUUAUUAUUCUUUAGUAUUCUACAACAGAAGUUUUGGAAAAUAUUUCUUUAAAAUUGUGAAGCUAUUUGCUAACCUUAUAAAUUGUAAACUUUAUCAGCUUUUGCAUUUAGUCUUCGUUUUUGUUUUUUUUAUAAGUGUAACUCAGCCAACUUAUUUAUCUUCAUAAAAUGUUUUAAAUAUUUUUACAAAAUUGCCUAAAACAAAAAAAAAAAUGGUAAAAAAUACGAUCAAAUUCAAGAUUAUUUUUAAAAAUAAAUCCAAUUUAGUAACAAAAAAAAAAAGAAAGAAAAUAAUAGAUAAAUAAAAAGUUAUUCAGUAAGCUCUGUUACUUGAAAUAAAUAGAAUUUUUUUCCAAAUAUUUUCAGGAUCUACACACAGACACAUUUACAUAUACACACACUGUUUUUCUAUCUUUGAUUUUUAAAUAGGAGUAGCAUGUUUUCCCCGUUAUGAUUUCAGUAAUAACAGUUUGAUGUUUUAGAAUCUCUCUUUAAAUAUGAAAAAUGUUUGGCAGUUGGAAUCUAAUUAUCUUAGACUGUUUGUUUGAUCUUCGAAAUAUUAAAUUGUCACACUUCAUUCAAUGUCAGAUGGUAACUUAUAUUUAUGUGCUUCCAUCUUCUACCUUCUUUAAAGCCUCCUACCUUUCUUUCUUUUUAAAUAUUUAUUUUUUGGCUGAAGCCUAAUGAAAAGGAACCAAACCUAUUGUUAUCUUUUCUAUUCUUGUGAUAGAGAAAAUUAUUCAAAUCUUCUUUGAAGAUUCCAUUUCACCUUUUCUAAUUCAAAGGAAUUCUUACUGCCUCUUUAUAUUUGAUUUUUAUGUUAAAUGUUGAAGAAUGAACUAAGAUCGCUAAACUUUCAAAUCAGGCUGUUUGUUUAUGGAAAAUGCUCAGAAAGUGAAAAAAUUAAACUACUUCAAAUUAAUAGUUACUUUACCCUAUGUACUACUGUACUAGUUAGUGGAAAGAUUUUUAAAUUACAUAUCUCUUGGAACAGAAUUAGAAUGCCAAAGAUAAAAUGUUAUUAGCAGAAGAAAAAAGUGAAAACAUAAUUAGUUAAUCUCAGAAAUAAAUUAAAAAUUUCUAUGUAGAGCUGAAAAUAGUCACAGCACUGCUAAUUAUUAUCACGGCAAAAUGUUACAGGUUCAAGUCUUUUAAAACUCUGAUCAGUAUUUUUAUCACAAAAUUUAAUAAAUCUGAAGAAGGAUAGUCUAAAAGUUAUCACAAGUUAUAAAUGGACUACUAACUACUCUGAAUAGAUAUGAAUGAAAGAAUUUAUGAAUUUAAGUUAUAAUUACAGUAAAGAACUAAUGAAGUUGAUUAAAAAUAUUAUAAUUAUAAAGGUUAGCUUUAAAACUAUUCCUCAUGAUUUAAUGUAAAACAACUGUUAAUUUGUCAUCAUUCCCUUUUCAGUCUUUAGUGGAUGCAGUGUAGACAAGACUCUUUAGUCUUGCUAUUAACAACCUCCCUUGUGAUUGUGGCAUUCUAUACUGUAAAAUUAUUGCCAAGUUGAAAGCAUCCAUGUAGCAAAGGGAAAUAGGAUUACACAGAGUAGACACCGAUUCCACAAACUGCUGUUCAGGCAACCCCUUGAAUAAAGCAGUAAUUCUGAAUAAAAACCGCUACGAGUUCUGAAGCAUGCAAUCUAUCUAGUGCUUGUGGCAUGAUAAGAUGCAUCAGUCUAUAUUAUAAAGUUGUAAAUGAAGGGAAAGGCGUCCAGCCACAGAAAAAAAUAAAUAACAUAGCAGCACAGAUUGCAGUUUCCUUUGUUCUGUGUAAAUGCCUGAUGAUAAAGACCAAUGAAAUCUGGUGAAAUGGUGUGAGACCCAUCAAACCUAUACCAGUAUGGUAAUAUGGGUGUAAAAGGAUAAAAAGAUAAAAUGAUGAUGAUGACUGUUAUAAGGCAUAAAUUAUUCGGUAUGCUUAAUUUCAAAACAUUCUCUACAACCCUGCAAAGUAAAUUUUUUUCUGGCUCAUGGAUAUAGCUAUUUUAUUUGACAAGUUUCAUUUGGCAUCUGCAACAAAAAAGUAUUUGGGAUAAAGACAUCAGAAAUACAGAGCCUCUAUGUAGUCAAUCAAUCUGCUAGAAAUAUUAACUGAAUCACCCUCAAAUCACUCACUGUUUUCUUAUAAAAGGAAGGGCAUGUUACAUAUUGUCCCUAAAAAAAUAAAGAAGACGGUCAUGGUUACAAUGCUUUUGAUCAUAUGUCAGCUCAUUCAGAGCUAACUUGUGGCUAAACAACAACAGCAACAACAACAACAGCAGUAGUAAAAGAAAUAAAUAAUAAUGACAAAAAUCAAGCUGGAAGCUAUUGAUUUUGUUAAAUGACACUACAUCCCACAUGUGUGAAGCUCCCGUAUUAAUCAAUGGGGAAAACAAAUUUUAUAAACUAUAUUUUGCAUGACUGUGUGGUUAAAACAUGUACUUCGUUAUUAUUUGAUCCUUGUUUGAUUCUGUCACAGGGUACCUUGGACAACAUUCUUCCUUUGUGACCAUGUGUUUACUUUGGAGUGGAAUUUAGUAGACUGAAAAUCUGCAGAAACUCAUUGUAUACACAUAUAUGUAUAAGUGUGUGUGUAUAUGUGUAUGUGUGUGUUUGUGCAUGCAUGCGUGCAUGUGCGUGCCUGUGUAUGUGUGAAUGUAUAUAUAUAUAAGGAGAGAAAUUCCUUGGUGGUUGCCGCGGGAUUACCUCUCUCCCUUUCUCUUGUAGAGACGGACAAUAGAAAUGGUCCUUAAGCUCCUGAGGAACAACUUUCUGUUGCCACAUGGUCUGAAAGAGAUUGGUGAGCUUCUGUGCCAAGACUGGUCCUUCUACCUGGUAUAUUUUAGUUGGGAUAUGUCGUGUGUGUGUGUGUGUGCAUGUAUACACACACACACACACACGUACACACACAGAGAAACAGAUAUAUGUGUAUAUAUAUAUAUGUGUGUGUGAGGGGGUGCUGAAAAGUUCUCAGCUUUGGGUAAAAGAAAAUACAGGAACAUCAGUCAAUUAUGAUAUUUAAAAAAAAAAAAUUCCUUUCUCAGAUUCACACACUUAUUGCAGUGUUCCUUCAGUUUUUGUAAGCCUUGUAGACAAACUGGAAAGAUUGGGCUUCCAACCAGGCCUUUCACAAUAUCCUUAAAGCUAGUAACUUUUCUGCAUUCCCUCAUAUAUGUGUAUAUAUAUAUAUAUAUAUAUAUAUAUAUAUCUCAGCUGGGAUAUGCAUGUGUGAGUCUAUAUACUGUAUAUGUUUGUAUGUAUAUAUCAGAAAUGAAUGUGAACAAUGGCAAGAAAAAUGAAUAAAAAGUACUUUACAAAUGAUAUCUUUCAAGAUAUUUGCUCAGUAUCGAGUAAAAUACUCCCUUGUCACUCUCAAUGCUAUUGUUUACCAACAGUAAUAUAAAAUAAAUGAAUAAAUAAAUAUGAAUAAAUAUAAAUAUGAAUAAAUGAUUAUAUAUUUGUUUUUUAAAUUGGAAUAAAUUAAUU